AAGAGGAAGAAGAGUGCAGGUUCAAUAGCACGACAAGUUCGGAUUUUUGGAAUAUAAUUCACUAAUUCAGAGACUUGUUUUGCCCUUUACUGCAUAGCUAGGUGUUGAUAUUUUCCAUUUCAGCUCAGAUUUAUGACCUGAAUCUCGAUUCCUUGACUGCUUUUCAGUUUCAUAAACUCGGGGGUUCUUCCCUCAUAUGGAACUUGAGUUCUGAAACUAAAGUGAAGAGCUAUUUGUUGACGGUGAAUAGGAUGGAUCACUUUGCGGGAGCUGAAGAGCAUCUUGCUCAACAAAGACUGAGGCAGAAGCUUGAUGAAGUCAAUGUAGCUGCUCAAAAUUACCUUGCUCCUAUCCAAGACCAUGUCAAUUUCACUCUCCAGAAAGCAUAUUUCAAAUGUGCAUAUGAGUGCUUUGAUAGGAGCAGAAGGCAGGAAGAGAUAACUAAUUGUGUCGAAAAUUGCAGUAUUCCUCUUGCUAAUGUUCAACAGACUUUUGAUACUGAGAUGCAAAAGUUUCAGGAGAAAUUGAAUAGAUCUUUGAUGGUAUGUCAAGAUAGGUAUGAGUCUGCAAAGCUCCAGCAGAAAGGUGGGGCCAUGAAUGAUAUGGUUUCCUGUGCUGAUGAGGCGAUCCAAGACAGCAUCAAGAUGCUACCACUUCUUGCUAAUAAGUUGAAAUCCUCCUUUGGCAUUAAGGACAAUGACUCCUUCUAGCUCCAUUUUUUUGUAUCCAAAGAUUUAGUUAUUAUUGUAGAUGGUGCAAAUUUGCAAGAUAUUAUUUUGUAACUCUAUCUAGAGUACACAAUAUUUUGCUGGAUUUCUGUAGUUAGAAUGCUGGGGAAGCUUGAUUUGUCAAUGACUUGAAGCAAUAAUUAUGUGCAUUUCGUUAGGUUUUA